CGUUAGCUCCUCUGUGGCUCAGUCUGUGGUCAGUUGCUAACGGUGUUGUAGCGUUGAUGGUUUUAUUCCGUGUUCUUCAUAAAAUACGGUUUCAAAUAAAACUUAUCAUAAAUAUCGAACUUUUCACAUAACAUUAUCUUAUCACACGUUUUCGAAGAUUAAUCGAUGAUGCAUAAUACUAGCUGCGCCCAAAUUCCGACAGUGUUGUGAUGUGCUACUUUGCGAAUAUUAUUGUAUAAGUUGUUUUGGUUGUUAGUCACGCGUGAUUUUUAGUGAAAGAAAAUGCCUGGGCAAGGAGAAACUACCGUUUCGGUGCCGCUGACGCCAACGAGGUCUGAUUUGUACUGGCGAAGAAUAUUUAACAAAUACGACCGAGAUGCGGACGGCAAGAUAUCCUACGCGGAACUCAAAGAGAUCAUCGAAUCCAGAGAAUACGAGCACGAUCUACCCGACAACGUGGUCGAAAAGAUCAUGAAACUCGCCGACAGAGACAACUCGGGAUACCUCGACUUCAACGAGUUUGUCGAGAUGAUGCAUAAUCCGGACUUCAAGGCAGUUUUUGGGCAUUUUGUGGCGCGAUAUGUGCACUCUAUUGUGCCGCAUCGGGGGCCUGUGGAUACUACUGGACGGUGGCCUGGGCUCCAGUAUCACUCGACUCGUGAUGGCGGGAUGGGGCCAGGAUUCCUGUACGUGCCGAAAUCUCUUCGUGACGGCACCUACGAAGAGGAGUACUCCUGUUGGCCACCAGCCAUCUGCAUGAUCCUCAUCUCGCUGGUGGAGAUCGUGAUGUUCUGCUACGACGCUGCUCAUGGGAGCACGACAGCUGUUGGACCACUCGCGAAGAUAUUCAUAUACAAUCCGCAUAAGAGACAUGAGGCGUGGAGGUUCAUCACGUACAUGUUUGUGCAUGUGGGUGUCGUCCAUCUCCUAGUCAACCUCUUAGUACAGCUCUUCCUCGGCGUUCCACUGGAAAUGGUCCAUCGCUGGUGGAGAGUGACAUUAGUGUACUUGGCGGGCGUCGCAGCCGGCUCUUUAGCUACAAGCUUAACGGAUCCUCGAGUGCAUUUGGCUGGUGCAUCAGGGGGAGUUUACGCUCUUAUUGCAGCCCACAUAGCUACUAUUAUAAUGAAUUGGGCAGAGAUGGAGUUCGCCAUAAUACAGCUGCUCGUGUUCCUACUAUUGGCGGCAGUUGACAUCGGCACAGCGGUGUACGACCGCUACUGGGGCGCAGGCGUCACCAAUAUCGGCUACGUGGCGCAUCUAGCGGGCGCGAUCGCCGGUCUCCUAGUCGGCAUCGGCGUUCUCCGCAACCUCGAGAAGCGUAAAUGGGAGAAACGGCUCUGGUGGGCGGCCGUCAUCCUCUACUGCUGCCUCAUGCUGGCCGGCAUCCUCGCCAACAUCUUCUGGGUGGACCACUUCCCUGACACCAAGCUAUAGGACCCAUAGGCGCAGCUUAAGGUCUUUACCACCCUGUCCUUUAAGUUUUACGAAGGGAUAUUGACUAAAACGAAUAGCCUAGGAGUUCCUGGAACUAGUAAACCUACGGUAUUUUGAGUCAGUAUACGUUGCUUCAUACACGAUUUGUGUCAGAUAUAUUUUAGUGCGAAACUACCGUUUUUAAGUGAUUUGAUUGUAGUGCUAGUUAUUCAUAUGUGAACUCUAAACAGCAUGACGAACACUAUUAAGUAUAUCCCAAUCUAGCAACGUUCCUGAAAGUAAAAUAACGUAUUUUAAGUAUAUUUUACGUUUUGUUUUAAAAAGAUUGCAGUCUCUAAAAAAAAAAGUUGCCUUCAAAAUAGGGUUGUUUCCAUAUACAAAUCUUAGGGCAGAAUUGUACACUGUUGACAGUUAGGCGAUCAACAACAAAUGACAAAUGUCAGUCGACGAUACGUAUUAGCCGUAAUAACCGUAUGUAGUUGUGUCAAACCGUAAACUGUGAUGUCAUACAAUUUUCAAAGAUCGUUUCGGGCGCGAAAGCAUCUGUUAAAAUAUAUUUUGUUCAUUUAACAUAUUUUAAGCCGUUCUAUUCUAGAGUAUAAGUUGAAUUUUAGAACAACGUACAUACCUACAAGCGUUUCAUAAAAUUGGAAACUACCCUAUUAUCUUCUAAAAUAUGAAUUUGAACUUUAUGUGUUCAAGAUUGCCUUAUGACAAUGACCAGUCCUUGACUGUCAUUAUCAAAUAUCUAAAAUGUAUAUUUUGGUUAAGAUUACCUCUAGUAUUAGUAUUUAAUAGCAAUUAGAGAAUCACGAAAUGUCGUUUAUUUAUAGACAUUUCAAAUGGUUAAUAAUUAAAUAGCUGUUUAUAGGAUGUCAAUACAUUAAGGUGGUUAACGAAAGGCAAUUUCUUAUUGUCCUUUCAUAUUUUAUAUCUAAAAAGCUUUAAUAGUUUGCUAGAAUUAAAGUUAUCGUUAUAAUAUCGAGACAGAGAGAGUGCCUUAUUUAAUUUCGAUUUUUUUUCUAUUGCAUUUUGUAUGUUUGUACUUGUUUGUUAUAUUGUUCCUUAUAUGCUCAAUGUUUUGUAAGUGUCUAAUAUAUGAUAUAUAGACGAAUAAUAUCAUUAGAAGUCUAGUAUAUUAAAUUUAAAGAGCCUAGUAAUGAAUGUUGAAUAGAAAUUGUUCGUACUGCCUGAUUUUAGGAGUUUCCGUAAAAACAGGCUACUUUAGAAGCCUGUACAAUGAAAAAAGACCCAUUAUUUGGGCCAUAAAGUGUAGUAUUUAAGUUUCCAUACUGAUAUAUUAACCCUUUGACAGCCACAGACGUCUGUGGACGUCAUCGGAGUCUUGCCAAGGACGACCACGGCCGUCAGCUUCGCCAAUGCAAUAGGGACUAACGCGGGACUCCGUAAAGUUCAAUUUUGCUUAAAUAAUCGCGAUCGCCUGGCGUCCGGGGCAGGGCAUAUUCUUCCGCCGUCUGGCGUUCAAAGGGUUCAGUAACUUACAAAAAAAAUGCAGCAGCACACAUUUUUUAUUUAAAUUCACUGUGAUUGCACAACUUUCCAUAAUUUUAGUAGAAAGAGAAUUCCGGUAUUAUAUUGUGUUGUAUUGGUAUUGUAAAGCAAACUUAACAUAAAGCGGAUCCUUAUUUUGUUUCCCUGUGUUGUUCUAUUGUCUUUUAUACGAAGCUGUGCCUUAGUGUCAUAUUGAAUAUAAGUAGGUACGUCUGUUAUGUUGUUAUUAUAGGCAAUGGAAUUAAACAUGUCAAAUCAAAUAUUCCCCUUAAGUAUUUGGUUUAGGUCAAUAUCAAACAAAAUAUACAAUUGGGCCGAGGAAAGCAACUCAUACCGAUAACUCAAGUAAAAAAUAUAGCGACAUUUUGAAUUCUAAAACAUAUAAUUAUAGAACAGCGAUGAUUUAAAAUACGUAACGUAGUAAAUAUUCCUUUGCCCACCAAAUUUGCCUGAUAAUCUUAAAAAAAAAAACGCUUUUUUCUAGCUACAAUUUCAAAUAUUACAUAUUGACCAAGUGUAAAUUGUAGAAAAUGUAAAAGAAAUAAAUUGAAAGGAAGCUUCUAUUAUUUUACAUAUAGGAUUGUAAUGUUUUUGUAUAUGUAUAUAAGUCUAAAGUGUAUUUUUAAGUUCCUGUAUGUCAUUUAUGUGAAUGCACAAUAGUAAAUUGUGAUAAAAAUAUUUUAAAAUAAAUGCCAUUUAUAUUUA